UUCUUUCAUAUUUUGUUCGUGGUGUAUUGAGAAGAAUAAUUUUCCUACACAGAUUUCCGUACGGCAUUUUUCACUAGCCAGCUGAAAAACAAGGCAAUAAAAACAACACCAGCAGCAGCAGUAGCAAAAAUAAUAAAAAGAAAUACGAGUCAAAAUAAUAGUGUGUGUUUGUUUAUUAUUUUUCUAUUCUAUAAAAUAAUAAUAAGAAAAAAACACCAGCAGAGAGACCAACACGAAAAACAACACUAUCUCAACAACAUCAUCAUCAUCGGCCAGCCAGCCAGUCAGUCGGACAGUCAAAGCCGUGUUGUAGUAAUAGUUUUUCUGGACUGUUUCUUGAACUAGUGAGGGCAAGUCAGAGUGUGUGUUUCAUUUUUUGGCCCAUGUUAUAAAAAUGUCUGAAUAUCACCGUUUGACGGAUCAAAAAUAUUCGGAAGCUGAAUAUCUCUUCCAGACAAUCGAAAUGGCCAAAUCAGAUGAAGAAUUUAAUGUGGAAUUGUGUCCAACGCCACCAACGCACACAGAAUUAGAAUUGGCCUUAAUGGACAAUAAUGAUUUGGAGUCCAUAUACUCGUGGAAAUUAGUCAAACGCAGACGACCCCGUCGCCGUUACACGGUGUCACAUGGUGGUGGUGGAGGCGGUAGUAGCGGCGUUGUGGGUUUAAAUGGUCAUAAUGCCAACGUGUGUCCACUUGGAGGUGGAGGAGGAGGCCUUAACAGUGGACUACCACCGGCACCACCUUCCACGCCCACUUCUCUAACCCCCACUAAUACAAGCCUGUUGUCCUCAUCUCUACCGAAUUCCGGCAUUGAAGGCCUCGUUACCGAAGAGGAACAACAGCGGCUCGACAGUCUACUCUACAUUCUCGAUUAUGCACCCAUACAAAAGAAAUUGAAGGAACAGCAACGUACUGAUGCUGAAUUAGCAGAACUUUUUAAUGUUGUCUCCAUAACCGCCUCAAACGGUACAUCAUCAUCGUCGUCGUCGUCCUCUUCAAAAACUAAAUUCCAGCCAGAGCGUGGUGUCUCCUCCACCUCACGUUCUAUACGCAAACACGAUGUGAAAUUAAUGAAAAUCGUUAAGGUUCAUCGCAAUCUGAAUAAAACAUUUCGGGAACGUGAUGAAGAGGAUUCUGUCUCGGCACCCGAAUACGAUACCGAAGAGGAAGAUACCCGCUUUCAUCGUUUGGGCCGCAUAAAGCCCUCUCAACGGUUGUCGCUAACCAAACGGGAACGACGUUUUGCCCGCUUUGAACAUGCUGAACGUAUGGAGGCCAUGGUUGAUAUAUUCGAUGAAGCCAUGAGUUUUAAUGAAACCUAAAAGGUUUUAUCUUACAUUCAUAUUAAUAUCUUGCAAUAUUUUCUAUUGCUUGUGGUCUUGAGGUCAUGGAGGGAGUGUAGCGUGGGCUGUUUAAAGGUAAAUUUUAGAGAAUUUUACUUUGUUAAGAAAGUAAAAGAGUAGAGUUUAUUAAUUUUUUUUGUAGGUUUAAAAGCAUAAAUUGAAAAUUUGAAAUUUAUAGAAAAUAUUGAAGAAUUUCUAAAAUAUCUUGGUUCCAGUUGUGUUUAGAAUUACAGUAAAUCGUUCUUGUUUCCAAAAUAUUAAAACUUUCUGUGUUUUUCUGCUUUAAACUAAAGAUUUCUGUUUAGAACUGUGCAUCAAAUUGAAAUCUUUAACAAAAUUUGUUUAAAAUUCUAAAGAUUGAAUUUAAAAACUUUUAAAAAUAAAGAAUCUAUAAAGAUCUCACAAUUUACUCAAAAUUGAAAAUUUCGAAAACUUAGAAGUUUACUUAUCAAACGCUUUAAGCCUUUUAGUAACACAAUUUUUAUAGAAAAAAACCUUUUAAAUACACCCCUCGCGAAAAACUCUCUUUAACCUUAAAGAAAAUUUUGUAAGAUUUUAAUAAUUAUAUUAUUAAAAUAUAAAACUAUUAAAAGCAUAAAAAAAUAAUGCCCUAAGCGUUAAACUUUUUUAAAAAAAUGGGUCUCAAUGUGAUGAAGAAUGAAUUUCUGUGUAAUUUUAAAUUAUAAUUUUUUUUAUUUCAGUUUAUUAUUAUUAUAAUAUUUAGUAAUUUCAUAAUGAAUUAAGUUUUAUUUUCCUUUUUUUAUAAUUUUCUAUUACAAAUGUGUAUUAAAAAGAAAAAACUACUAAACAUUCACCAGCCAACAAAAAAAAAAAGAAAGAAGAAAAUUGUUUAUGAAAAGAAAAUCCUUAAACUAAACCUAAAUAAAUUAUUUUACUUAAAACAUCAGUAAAUAAAUAAUUUAAUGUGAAAAAGUACCUUUUUACCAUGGAUGCCUCCUAUUAUAAAUUCCUUUAUCUUCCUGCUUAACCUUACACUGAAAACACCUUAAUUUUCUUUAUGUUUUUUUUUAAGAGUUGUUGCAUCUUAGUACUUGUUUUACUUAAGUUGUUCUCUUAUUACUCUAAAUUUUUUUCUUUGUUUAUUGGUUUUAUUUGUGUUUUUUUUUCGAAGUUUCGAAAACGUUUUCUUAUGAAUUUAAUAAAACACACAAAAUAUCUUAAAAAUAAAAAAAACUCUUAUAUAGUAUUCCAUUAUAUUAACGAUAUUAUGUUCAUUUUUUUUUAGUUUAUAAACAAAUUGAAAGAACGUCGUACGUUCAGAAAAAAAUUCUUUUUUAAAAAAAAGUUCCAACUCUUUGAAUGUAUUGUAUAAUGUAAUAAAAAAUUAAAUAAAAAUAUUAAAAAAAUAAAAAAAAAAAAUCAUUAUCUC